AUGCAGCAAAACCCUGGGAAAUUUAUAUCAUUCGCAAUCCUUCUACUAUGGCUGAUACUAUGGACACCAGCUUGUCAAAGUUCUACUGUAAAACUGCAACAACAACAACAACAACAACAACAACAACAGUAUGCCAAAGCACGUCAAGUAAGGGCACUCUUCGGUCAUGACGCAGCCCAACCCUUGUACGAAGAGCUCUUGGCAACUAAUCCUGCCGACACCACGGCAGCGACUCGAGUCGCGUCAAACCCAAAUGCACGAAUGGUGCAUUCUCUGCUUGGAACAGCCGGUACUAAGCAAGAAAGACUCGCCUUUACAAACAAACUUGGUCAGUUGCAAUUUCGUCCAGUCCCCAUUUCCCAGGAAAUCUUUGGUGGAGGUGAGUCUUGUUCUCGAGCCGCGAAAAGUGCCAGUCGCUCUUCCGCACCACUCUAUCUCAAGCCACUCCGCGCCGGAGCUGUACCCCCUCCCUUGCCGGAAAGUCCACUCGUGGCUUGCAUUCAGCUGCUAUUGUUGGCGGUAUGCUUGCCGACGCGGCAUUGUGUGAACCUACUUGGUGGCGAGACGGUGGCACUGAUGGAGACAUUAGGAAUCGUAUAUCGAGAAAAAUUUAGCGACAAUACACAUGAUGACUGGUUGGUUCCGUAUUGUCAUGUCAUGCCUGUGCGAGUGGAAGAAGGCACCGUGUACAUUGCUACGGAUUUGCAUCCAGACGUCCUUUCCACGACUACAGUUCCGAAUGGAGAUGGAACCGUCAUGUACAUUGGUCCUGACUCUUUAGCACUAUUGGAUCAUUGCAAUCUACAAAAUGGUUGGAUAUCGUCACCGGAAAAUAUGAGAAUUGUGGAUAUUGGAUGUGGAAGUGGGAUUCAAGCACUGCGUCUAUCAGCGUCAAGCCAAAGGAAUACAGAGAAUCAAGUAACGUCAGUGGACGUGAAUCCAAGGGCAUUGGCAAUCACCAGACUAAACUUUGAGUGGAAUGGCUUGGAGACUCCUAGCCUUGUACUUGGCGAUAUUACUCAAUCAGCUGGCGGCAGCAUCGUCAUUGAUGAUAAUGAAGACAAGAGUACUACAUGGCAAAGCGUAUUCAACGGUGUCACCCACAUCCUGUCAAAUCCACCAUUUUUGCCUGUGCCUGUACAAGAUGACCAGAUUUCCAAGCGGUAUGGAUUGUUCUCCAGUGGUGGAGCUAGCGGAGAAGAAGUAUUGCGGCGAAUUGCCGAACUGGCAGCGGAAUCUUGUUCCAAUAACUCGGAAGUCAAGUUGGCCAUUGUUUCGGAAUUCAUGAAUCCAGAUGAACGGUUUUCGAGCAAAUUACAAGAAUGGUGGAAGAACGGAGGGAAUCCAAAGGCUGAAGCGUUCUUCUUUUGCAACCAAGAGCCACUGACCGCUGAGGAGUACUCGCAACGAAGAGCUGAUUCUGACGAAGAAACCGACAAAUGGAUUCGUCAUUUGAAAGGUGAAGACAUAACUACUGUUUCACCAGGACUUUUGUACAUGCAAUCCUUGUUUUCCAACAAAUCAACAGAAGCCGAUCUACGAGUGCAUCAUCAUUGCGUACCAAAAACGGAUCAAGGAUCCAUCUGGACUCCAACAAAUGAGAAGGCACGCCAGUCCACCCAAGAGGUCAUGGACUCAUUUAUAUAG